CCACGUACCUAGACGACCCCAAACAAGAUUCGACACGGAUUAAGCUCCUCUUUAUAUUGCCUCGUCCAUCACCUGCCACUGCACUCGCUCCCCUGCGAUGUGCGAGCCCGCACUCCAUCACGUGCGAGAGCCCAGCAUCAAGGCUUGUGCACGGGCAUAUACCGUCGCAUAGCCGAACCAUUCCACCUGGCACUCGGUAUAUCCCUCACCUCCUUCCUCGCCAUUCCAUAACCCCAUCACCUUACAUCUUGACUGCUCAUAGACAAGCAUCCACUGACCAAUAGAGGAAGAGUGGACAAUGCCAUGAAUAUUCCUGUGUGUUGACAGCAUAUAUCCAUCUCCUUCCCUGUAAAAGAGUCUUCUCCUCGCCCUUUGAAGCCCCUGAAAUGGCAGUUUCCAUGAGGGCCAAGCGGGUGACCGAUCCCCUCGGGGAGGAUGCGAGGGCUCGUCUCCGAGGCUACGAUCGCCGCCGGCUGACUGGCUAUGCCAGCAGCGGCAGCGAUCACGAGGCCUUGUCCAGCCUCGUCCAUGCCUUCUUCGAGUGCGACGACUGCGACUCCCCCUCUGCGGCAGACGCUGCUGCUGCUGGUGAGCCUGGUGACCGGAUGUCCGACUCGGAUGGAGGAGAUCAGUCCGAGAAGGCAGCGGCUGCGGUGGGAGAACUGGUCGGUGGGUGGAGGAAGAGCGACGACCCUUUCCGCCUCCGCCUCCUCUCUGACGCCUCCAAGGCCGCGGAUGCCAUGGCGACGCUGAGGUCGAGCGCUUUCGGGUAUCGCCGGGCGGUCAUGGCGCUGCUGAGGGAGAUGGGUUACGACGCUGGGAUAUGCAAGGCGAGGUGGGAGAGCUCCGGGAACUUGGUCCACGGGAGUUACGAGUACAUCGACGUGGUGGUGCCGGCGGCAGCGCCUGCGGGAAAGGAGGGGAAGGAAGAUCGGCGCUACAUCGUGGACCUGGGCUUCGCCGCGGAGUUCAAGGUGGCUCGAGCGACGGAGGCUUACGAAAACGUGGUGGCGGCGCUUCCGGAAAUGAUGGUGGCGCAGCCGGAGGAGGUGAAGCAGGUGGUGCGGAUGGUGGGGGAUGCGGGGCGGCGGUCGCUCAAGUCACAGGGCCUGCACGUGCCGCCGUGGCGGAAGGGGAGGUACAUAAUGGCUAAGUGGCUGGGGCCGUACCGGAGGACGGUCAACGCGGUCCCGGCGUCCGCCGCGCCCUCGGGGGCCGGCGGCGCCGAGGCCAAGUGUCGAGCCGUGGGAUUCACGGCGGCCAAGGGCACCAUCAUUUGCUGAAGCGAAGGAUCGGGAUAGGAUAUGCGGCGGACGACAGCGAGUCGGUGUUGGGGAGAAACGUGUCAAUCAUGUGACGGAAUUGGAAUUAAAGCAGAUGAUGACUGCCUUAUUUAAUAUAU